CAGACAUUCAUUUGAAAAACAGGAGGAGGCAGACCACAGCUAACACAUACAGAAACGUUCACGUUUUGAUCAGAUUAAUGAGCGGCGGCUUCGGUUUACGAGCUCUGUGUGUGUUGGAGAGAAGGAUGCUCGCCUGACGGAUGAAAGAAGCGCGGAGAGACUGAAGCAGCAUCCGCAUCCCGAGCACACAAUCACUGCGAUGAUGGAGGGGCGAGACGGAUUUUUAUGCGGGGUUGUUGAGGGUUUCUAUGGGAGACCCUGGUCAAUGGAACAAAGGAAGGUACUUUUUCAAUGGAUGCAGAGAUGGGAUUUAAACACAUACUUGUACGGACCAAAAGAUGAUCUGAAGCACAGGUUACUGUGGAGAGAGGUUUAUUCUGCAGAGGAAGAGGCUCAGUUAAAAACUCUGAUUGGUGAAGCAGAGUCGAGGGGUCUGAGAUUCGUCUAUGCUCUCUCUCCGGGUCAGGACAUUGUUUUCUCCAGUUCUUGUGACCUCACACUGCUUAAACGCAAACUCAGACAGGUGACAGACCUGGGCUGUCAUGCCUUUGCCCUGCUGUUUGAUGAUAUUGAUCACUCCAUGUGCCAGGCUGAUACAGAGGCCUUUUCCUCAUUCGCUCACGCCCAGGUCACUGUGGCCAAUGAGAUCUUCCGUUUCCUGGGGGAACCGCCUGUCUUCCUGUUCUGUCCCACUGAGUACUGUAAUUCUCUGUGCACUCCCAGUGUGUCUAAGUCACCAUACUUGUUGACAAUUGGCGAAGACCUACUUCCUGGCAUCUCCAUUAUCUGGACCGGAAAGAAGGUGAUAUCCCGAGAGUUGAGUGCUGAUUCACUAGCAGAGGUCGAGUCUGUGCUUCGGCGGCCACCUCUUGUUUGGGACAACCUCCAUGCCAAUGAUUAUGAUUCCCGACGUGUCUUCCUGGGGCCCUUUAAAGGUCGGCCCCCUGGACUCAGGGCCCAUCUGAGGGGUCUGCUGCUAAAUCCAAACUGCGAGUUUGAAGCCAACUUUAUCCCUCUGCACACCCUGGGCAGCUGGCAUCAAGAAGGGAAGGAGGAGAAAGGUGAUGAAGAGGGCUACAGUGUAGAGAGAGCGCUAUCAGUCGCCUUGCAAGACUGGAUGAAGGAACUCAGCCUUCCCCUACACCCUGGACGGCAGGUGAGGCCAACAGACCUGAAGCCAUCAUUGUCCUCUUUAAAAUCGAAGUCCUCCGAUAGCUCAGACAAUCAACACGAAGCCCAGCCCAAAACGUCCAUAACCUCUUCCCAAAGCUCAGGUGCACUUGCUAGCGAUGAUAUCCCAGCAGAUCCUGUUGUAGAGCAGGAUCUGAAAGCUAGGGAGAACCAGGUCUCCAGCCAUGAAAAAAACUCUAAAAGGGGUAUGUGCUCUGGAAGGGCUCCACUGAGCGAGGCUCAAAUCAGGUUACUGGUAGGCCUGUAUUAUCUGCCACAUGAACACGGUCCACCUGCUCAGAGUCUUCUGCAGGACCUCACGUGGCUAAAAACCAACUGUCACCGUGUCAGCGUCAAUGACAAUGGCAAGAAGACCCCACCUCAGAAGGCAGAGGAAUGGCGAGGCCGUGCGGGCCGGUUCUUGGCUGCGUGUGAUGAUGUGGCUUUACUGCACAGUGCCAUGGUGAACAGCAUCAAUAGGGCUGUACUGUAUGACCUUUACCCUUACAUCUGGGAUCUGAGAAACACCCUGCUGGUGGCCAAGGCUUUCGUAUGUUGGUUAGAGGGUCGUAUGAUGAGUGAAAGUUCUCCACUUGGCUCUUGGAAGAACUGCUUUCACUGGUGCGGAGCUUCCCCGGGGGCGGAGCUACUUGGUGUGGAGGCAGAACCGUGGGUGUUUAAAGGAGGACUUUCUGGAGAAGUGCAGAUGCUUCUACCUGUGGGGACCAGCAGUGAGUUAUUUAGUCAUCCUCCCCCUCUUUUUCCUACCUGUCGACUUUAUAACAUACGGCCUUUCCAGCAGAAAGACAAGAUGGAGCUCUACCGAAUGGUGCAUCAGUUGUACCAGAGGGGAAGAGGGAGCCAGGACGCAACCAUCUCUCAUCCAGACUUUAUUGGGGACAGGUGCCUGGGUGCGUCUCUGGCCUUGUGCCCAGAAUAUAGCUUAGUGUUGGAGGAUGAACUGGGUGUUUGUGGGUGUGCCGUUGGCAUUCUGGAUGUGCGAUCCUUUGCCAAACGAUGCCAGGCUUCCUGGCUGCCUGCUAUGAGGGACAAAUAUCCUUCACGCGCCCAUGGAGCCAAUGGACAUGCAGCAACAAAGGAGGCGCUGCUAUAUUUCCACGAAGAACAGGACUACCCAGACUCCCUGCUGUAUCAUUUCCCAUCUCAGCUCAGACUCGAGGCGGUUCCUGAACUGGUGGACUGCAGCGUCAGUCGUAGCCUCCUUACAGCACUGCUGACGGCACUCAAAGCUAACGGUUCACAGGGUGUAUUUUGCGAGGUCCAGCCUACGGAUGUUUUGCGAAUGGAAUUUUUGACAAAACUUGGAUUUUUGGAGAUCCUUCGUGGAGAAGCACGGCCUAGAGAAGGUGUAGUUUUGGGGAGGCUGUUGUAAACGUUAACCCAAAACAAACACAAUACAACAAAUGUGUCUGGGGCAACACUCUUAAAAAUAAUGGUUUGGUAAAGAUAAAAUCAUCUUUUGUUGGGCUCUAUGGUUCCAUAAAGAAUCUUUCUGUUGCAUUAAAGGUUCUUGUUGUGGAAAAGGUUCUCCACACAGAAAGAGGAAACCUUUGGCUGAAAGGUUCAAUUGGGAACCAUAAAGGUUCUUCUUUUGCAUCCAUGUAAAAAAGAAACCUUUAUAGCACCUUUAUUUAUAAGAGCGUGGAGCUAGGGUUCGGUAUCUGAUUAGAAAAAAGUUCAAUGCCAAUGACGAGUAUUUCCAGCUUUCUGCAAUACAGCUAUGAUCCACCAGGUGGUGCCCGUCUGCAACUUAUAAAAUCCAGAAGUAUCGCUCUAGGGCAAAUAGCUGUAUGUCCAUGUCAUUUUUUGAGGAUCGCUCUGAAUCUGAUCUCUAUCAAAAGUCCUUCACGAAAAUGGAAUUAUCUCAGCUUUUGGCUAAAAUGUUUGUUUUUAAGAAACCUGCCGAUAUUUGAGAGGUGAUAAGAAGAGAAUUUUUUUUUUUUUUGGAAACAGAGGGUCUGUUCUUUUAUUUGAUAUAUUGUAUGUUUAUGUAUUUUAAGAAGAAUAUUUUCUGAAAGGCAUUAAACUUUUGAGAAAAUCAAGAAAAUGGCUGGCUGGCAACUUAAAAAAAAAAAAAAGCUGACGGGGAAAGAGUUAAAGGGAUAGUUCACCCAAAAAUGAAAAUUACCACAUGAUUUACUCACCCUCAAGCCAUCCGAGAUACUUAUGUUCCUCAUCUUUGAGACGUAUACAUUUUAUAGUUAUUUGAGAAAAUGUUAGAAGCUUGUUUUUUUCAUUUGUAAAGUUUUAAAUAUGGAUAUUUACUAACAAAAUUGCAUCGAUUACCAUCAAAGGCCUUUAUUUAUACCCCUCCAGCUGUGUGAAUUACUUUUGUAAAGGAUGAAUGCACAUUUUUUCGGCAUGCAGGACCACUUUUUCUACCUUUAUAAAGUUUGAAAGAGCAAGGACAUUUUCUAAAAUAACUGCAAAUGUGAUCGUCUGAAAGAUGAUGGACAUGUAUCUUGGAUGACUAGAGGGUGAUUAAAUCAUUGACUAUUUUUCAUUUUUGGGUGAACUAUAACUUUAAGUCCAAAAACAGGCAUGAAUUUUAAUAGAAGCAAUGCCAUUUGUCUCUAUUAACUCAUUUAUACCCAUGAGUCUUAAAUAUUUUGAUGAACUUAUCUGUCCUUUUUCCAAGGCUGGGUUGAUUUUUUAGUAAGCCAUGUUUAUGAUUAUUACAACAAUUUGGCAUAAGACCAAGCGUGAAUAAAAUAUGGUGUUGCCUGUUGUGAACGGGUUUCAUGUUAUAAUAAAACACAGUGGGACGUAAUAAGAACUAGAUCACUUGUUUACAGCUUUAUCCUUACUAAUCAUUUCAAACAAAUCUAACUCCUCCUAUUGCUUUUUGCUUCAUCUUGAGCUCCUGUUGGUUCGCAUAAAUCUUUGGCCUUUUUGGGGAUAAUGAUGUUUUUAUAAUGACAGUGUCUAUAUUGUAAUUGUAUAUGGAUAUAGGAGCUAAAAGCACAACAUUUCUCUUUUGUAUUCAGCACACGCACACAAUCUUUUCUCCAGCCAGUCAUGGACAGGCUCAGGACACUUAAAAAAGGCUUUUACAGACACAUGAAAAUGUACUCGUCUUAAAGGGUUUUUCUAUAGCUUUUACUCUUUCACAUGCACGCACUUACUCACAGCUCUUUUAAGAGGCAGUAUUUUAGUCCUUUCUUCAUGCUUUAAUAACACAUGCACUAACUGUAUGCACGUCUGUACACUCUUUCAAUUAUAUGCCUUUCAAUCUUUAAACGCCAUGGCAAUCAAACAAGCAUAAUACAAGAAAUCUUUUCUCAUUGUUAUUUAGAUAUUGUUUAACAGAGUUUCUGAUUUUGUAAAUUUAUGGUAAAUAAUACUUUUGCAUGUUAACUUAUUUUCAGCCAUACAUUUUGUUUAAAACUAUUUCUAUGUUUUUUGCGAGUUUAAAUAUUGGAAUUGUAAUAUGUACACUGAAAGGCCUCAGCCUAGGUAGUGAUGUAAUGUACAACUUGGUUACAGUGCAGUUUUGUAAUAAUGAAAUGAAACAUGUUUACAGCAUCAUUAAAAUCUUUUCUUUCUCGCA